GUGACGGCUGUGGAAGCUGGAGUUGCCUGUAUCCAUUCACUCACUCACACAGCUGGUAGGAUGUGUUUGUCAUGCGACUGGACAGAUGACGUAUGAAUUAUGACUGAAACCCAUAGAGAUGUUGUUAAAUUGGAUGUUCACUUGGAAGACAGACUGAAGACAAGAAGAGUCCAGGGUCCAAUUCAGUUUUCUCUUCUCUUUCUAUUCACACCUCCUUCCUUGGAACAGAUAUUAAUAUGGAAAGUGAUGACGACCCUUUGGUGCAACAUUUGUGGCUGGAAGAAGAAGAAUACGAUGUGUCUGUUAGCUCCCACAGAGGCGAAAAACUCUGCAAGAAAUGCCACUGCAGCUUUAAAAGACUAUUCCAUGAUUUGAAAGUUAAAGGCUUUUGGGGAGUAGUUGGGUGGAUAUUUACUAACCCAUAUUGCACUGCCUUAAUAUUAGUAAUAGGUUGCACGAUUCCAACAAUUCUCACUAUUUUCAUGUUUAUGCAUUGUUCUAACCUCGACAUAGAUAUAUCCUACAAUGCCUUUGAGAUUCGCAACCAUGUUUCCUCACAGCACUUUGAUGCGUUGACCCUUGCUUUAAAGUCCCAGUUUGGGUCCUGGGGGAGAAACCGACGUGACCUGGCUGAGUACACAUCCGCAACAUUGGAGAAACUCAUCAUUGAAGAAUUACAGAGACUGCACAGUAAUAAUUCAGAGUUUAUUGCUGCCACCCUAGGUAAAACCAUUGAUAAAUCAAGUGAAACCCAAUGGCCGGAUAGAAUCCAACUGCGGAAAAGAGACUUGAUCUCAAAUUCAGGCUUAAGUGAGAGCUACAACAGAUUCAAAAUACAACAAGCAAGGGCUGCGUCACAAAAGAACUAUCCAAGCACUUACGUUAACGGAGACACGCAGACACAUGCCCUGUGGAGGAUGGAACUUGUAUUUCUGGCAAGAGGUGAUGAUGAAAGGAACAUCUUCACCAAGGAGCGUUUACUGACAAUUCAUGACAUUGAAAAAAAAGUCAUGGACCAUCCUAGAUUUCGAGAGUUUUGCUGGAAACCUCAUGAAGUUCUCAAAGACAUGCCACUUGGUUCCUAUUCCUAUUGCUCACCUCCCAGUUCCCUCAUGACUUAUUUUUUCCCAACAGCACAAGGUGGAAGAAUAUACUAUGAUGGAAUGGGACAGAAGCUGGCAGAUAUUCACGGCUCUCUCCAGCUGGCUAUUACUCACCCUGAGUUUUACUGGUACGUCGAUGAAGGCCUCACAGCAGAAAACAUGAAAAGUUCGCUGCUCCGUAGUGAGAUUCUGUUUGGAGCCCCGCUUCCCAACUACUACUCAGUGGAUGAUCGGUGGGAAGAGCAACACAAAAAAUUUCAGCAAUUUGUGAUCUCCUACGUUGACCUGUUGGCUUCACAGUCCACUGAAAAAGUGAAAGUCCUUUAUGGUGGAACCGACCUGUUUGACUAUGAAGUAAGACGAACAUUUAAGAAUGACAUGUUGCUGGCUUUUAUUAGCAGUGGAUGUAUAGCAGUCCUGGUGUACAUUCUUACCUCAUUUUCAGCUUUUCUGACCUUUUUUGGGAUUGCCAGUAUUGGUUUGAGCUGCCUGGUUGCCCUGUUUCUCUACCACGUUGUGUUUGGUAUCCAGUACCUGGGCAUCUUAAAUGGAGUAGCUGCCUUUGUUAUUGUGGGUAUUGGGGUGGAUGAUGUCUUUGUUUUCAUUAACACUUUCCGACAAGCAAGCCACCUUAUCAGCCCACAGGAGAGGAUGAUUCACACCAUCAAAACAGCCGGAAAAGCCACCUUCUUUACCUCAUUCACUACAGCUGCUGCCUAUGCAGCCAAUAUAUUCUCCCAGAUCCCAGCUGUGCACGACUUUGGGCUCUUCAUGUCUUUAAUAGUGGCUUGCUGCUGGGUAGCUGUUCUCUUUCUUAUGCCAGCUGCACUCUGUAUUUGGAGUCAGUACAUCACGCCUCUGGAGAUAUUCUGCUGCUCCAGCUGCCAGCAUAAGUGUAAAAGGGAAAACAGCAACUUUACACAAGAUUCAGCAGAGAGUGAUGAUUCACUUCUAGUCACAGAACGAGAUUCAGUGUUGAUUGGCGGGACCCUCCAGUACCUGGAUGAUGACAUUCCUCUGCUUUCAGUUGAGGAAGAAGCAGCCUCUUUGGACAACGGAGAUGUACCUUUGGUUUCAGUGGCACCCGAGCUUUCGCCACCCGAAGAUGGGAUACACCGUCCGGGACAGCUGAUCACAUGGAUACAGGAUGCACUUUACUAUUUCGUUGCACGCCCUGCGGUAAAGUGUAAAUGGAUAAUUUUAGGUCUCUAUGUUAUUACCCUGGUGAUGUCCAUCGGUUUCACAACACAACUGCGCCCUGCCAGCCGGGCCCCAUUACUCUUCAGCCCUGACACCAACAUUCAGGUGCUCCUCGACCUCAAAUAUAACCUCAGUGCAGAGGGCAUUUCAUGUGUUACCUGCUCAGGUCUGUUUCAGGAGAAACCCCAACCUCUUCUAAACAAUAUCCGAACAUCCUCAGACAAGAAGAAGCGAGGACAGAGACUCCCACGGAAAGAAGCAAGUGCAGCACAAGAUGGUAUGAGGACCGUGUAUGUCACAAAGUGUGACGGUGAUGUGCAACCCCCAAUGUACAGAUUUUCUCUGGAUUCCGCUGUUCCAUCACCAUGGCAUCUUCAGUCUAUGAGGAAUGGGGACGUCCCAUCAUUCAAAGUUUACUCAGUGCCCUAUGGUAACUUCACAAAGAAACUGACUGUGUGUUCAUCAACUGUUGGGUUGCCAAGUCCCAAGUGUCCAAGGAAGUGGAUGAUCACAACAUUGUCCUGCAAUGUUAGGAAAGGCUGGAAAUUCGAUUUCCAUUUCUAUGCAUCAGCAACGGAGCAACAUUACACUCAGAAGCUGUAUUAUGCCCAGCUGAGGAAGGCUCCCUACCACAGUCGGAUCUGCCUGGCGCCACCUGGCUGCAUCCUUAGUGGAGGACCCAAUGGCCCUAAUCAAGGAUUUUUCUAUGUCCCCUACAAGAAAGCUUUCUCUGUGUCCAAAGUUGAAGAGACCCCAACCUUCGACUUCAAUCCCUGCCUGAAUGAUGGCUGCGGGAAACCAGCUGUGCGUCCGCUAGUGGACACGGGAGCCAUGGUUUUUGUUGUGUUUGGGAUUCUGGGAGUGAAUCGCACAAGGAAACAAGAUAACCAUGUGAUAGGAGAUAUGGGCAGUGUCAUCUAUGAUGAGAGCUUCGACCUGUUCCAAGAAAUUGGGAAUCUGUGUAAGAUUUGUAAGGCCAUUGGCAGUAAUCCAGAGCUGGUGAAGCCAGGUGGAGCUCAAUGUCUACCUUCUGGUUACAGCGUUUCAACCUUCUUGCAAAUGCUACAUCCUGAGUGUAAGAGCAUUCCAGAGCCCAACUUGCUUCCUGGACAGCUGUCUCAUGGUGCUGUUGGAGUGAAAGAUGGCAGAGUUCAAUGGAUCUCAAUGGCCUUUGAGUCUACCACUUAUAAAGGAAAGUCCUCGUUUCAGACCUAUGCAGACUACUUGAAAUGGGAGAACUACCUCCAGGAGCAACUCCAUCAGUUUUCUGAACAAUCAUCACUACGCCAUGGAUUUCAGACAUGUGAACACUGGAAGCAGAUUUUCAUGGAAAUAAUAGGUGUUCAGAGUGCACUGUAUAGUUUGAUGCUCUCUCUGAUAAUCUGUGUCGCAGCAGUUGCUAUUUUUACUACUCACGUUCUACUACUUCUACCAGUGCUCUUGACCAUUUUAGGUGUAAUAUGCUUGAUGGUUGCUAUCAUGUACUGGUUGGGCUGGGAAAUGGGAGCAGUGGAAGCCAUCUCAUUGUCAAUCCUGGUGGGAUCUUCUGUGGAUUAUUGUGUCCAUCUCGUUGAGGGUUACCUGCUGGCAGGGGAAACCCUUCCGACAGCCGAGACUGAUGAUAAAUGCAAAGCAGGGAAAUGGAGAACUCUGGCAGCUGUGAGACAUGUUGGUGUUGCCAUCGUAUCCAGUGCCAUCACCACUGUCAUAGCAACAGUCCCUCUCUUCUUUUGCAUCAUUAUUCCAUUUGCCAAGUUUGGGAAGAUUGUUGCCCUGAAUACAGGCAUCUCGAUCCUGUACACAUUAACUGUUAACACAGCCCUGCUCAGCAUUCUGGCUCCAAGUGACUUCUAUCGGUCAAGAAGAUCUUUCCUCAAGGCAGUUAUAGGAGUAGUUAUCAUAGGUGGUGGAGGAUUCUGCAUCUGUCUCAUACUGAUUAAACUGGGAGUCAAAAUCCCUCUCCCCAAUGUAUCAGCUCUGUAAUUUAUUUAUACAUUUUAAGAGACUUCAAAAAAUGCUUAAAAAAGGGAAAUUUGUCACAAUGCAAAAAAAAACCCAGAGUAAUUGCAUUUUAUUUUGUCAACUUUUUCCUCCCUUGGUGAUAAAUGAUUUCAGACUCCCUGAUGCUACUCCAUACGACGUCUACAGGGGAUGUUAUGAGUGCAGUUUCCCUGUUGGUUAGAUGGAUUCGGAAUACUUUCACCAUUUUUAAGAGGACAAGUUUAAGUAGUGGGAUAAAUGGUUAUUCUCAGUAGUUUCUAAUGACCUCUUUGCUAAUUAUACUUCUUGCAUAUGAUAGUGAAGAAAUCUUCUUGUCACUGCCGAAAGUUGAAAGCUGUCAUGUUAAUACAGUGUUCCAUCUUCUAGCUGAGCCAAGAUUGUUCCAAUUUGAAUGAUUUUCUUCCAGAUUGCUGUCAGUCUCCAUAGUCAGGCCUCAGGAAUACAAACCAGGACUGUAAAUUCACAUCAGUUGUACAUUCUGUCUCCCUAAGAAGGAACAUGAUCUGAGAAAGGACCAUUGACCAUACGUUCAAACACUACACACAGGAGCAGGCUCUUCAGUCAAACAUGUUGCAAGACAAAUUUUUGUUUCAGUCAAUUUUAUUCCAUUUGGUGUUUUAUUUUUAAGUAUUUACGUGGAUACUGCUUCAAGUUCUUGCCCUUUCUUCCCUUCUCCUAUUGUCCCAUGGAUGCUGCCAUGCACUCUUAUCACCCACAUGCUGUUCUUCAACCAUGGGUGCUAAGUUAAUGUUCAUACAGCACAGUGCCAGCAGAGAUCAUACAAGUGCGUGUUUUCCAUUGUCAUCCUAAAUGAUACUAGAUGUCCUUGCCUACAUAUUGCAGGAUAAUAUCAUCAACUCUUUAUACGUGUCAUUGGGGAAAGCAAUGACAGUAAUUCCUGUAUGAUCAUGUGCUUUUCAUAGGAUGUUAAAUGGACUCUGAAAGUAAAACUUGUAUCUGUCUCAAUCCUCUGGACUUCUCAAAGUGCUUCACAGUCCCCAAAAACUGUUGAUGUGCAGCUGCUGCGGAGACAGACGACCAGGCUGGCGAAUUUAUGCUCAGCAAGGUUCCAGCAAUUAGUAGCUAAUGUGUAAUGAUAGAGUUUUUAGCAGAGCAACCGGGAGAUCCUCUAUUCUGAAUGCAGAACAUUUUGCAACUUCAAAUAUGUGAUCGUCAGUUUCAUGUCUUGUUUGAAUGGUAGCAUUUCUGGCAGUCUAUUUGCAUAUGCAAAACACUGCUAUUUAAGCCAAGCCAAUAUCUUUACCUUCAAUAAUUUGGUUUCUUUGUUGCGUAGACCUUCAAGAAAUGUCUGACUGAUAUACGUUACAGAGCUGUACAACAUAGAAACAAGCUCAAUACAUCUAUACCAACCAUCAUGCCUAUCGAUAAUAAACCCAUUUGCCUGAAUUAAUUCAAUAUACCUCUAUGCCCUACUCAUUCGGGUACCUGUCCAGAUGCCUUUUAGAAGUUGCUACUGUUCCUGUCAACACCAGUUCCUCUGGCAGUUCAAUCCAGCAACAUUUUAUGUGAAACUUCCUCCCUUUAAACUUGAUUUUUCUCUAUUGCAUGCUUCUCUUUUGAAUAAAAACCCAAUUUCAAAUCAAAUUCAAUCCACAUUAAAAUGUCUGAAAACCUUGGAUGAAAUCAGAAGUGUAGGGACAAAGAAGUGACUGAAAAGGCAAUUCAGUGGGAAUUACCAGUACAACUAAACUUAAGUGCUUAAACUAGUUGGGAGUUGAGUGUAACAAUGAUGCAGGAUUUGUAUAAUUAAUUUAUUUCUUCAUUACCCCCUACCCCCAGUUCACUUAAAGAAGUCUGAUACUUAUCACAUUGACCAGAUAACCAACAUUCAGAAGUCUAACCAUGACAAGUGUAAGGGGGUUUCAACUAACUAAGCAAAACAGAGCAAAAAGCUAGUCUGAACUCUCAUUCCUCCUAUUUUCUAUUAACAAACCCAUUAAUGUUUUGGGCAAGUUUUGGCUGGAGGAUAUUUGAGAUUUUGGCUCACUUUUCACCAAGUUUUAUAAAUUUACAAUGAAAGGUCAAAUUCUUUGAACAUCAGGCCACAAGAACUUCUAUUCCUUUUGACUCCCAUUCAAGAAUAUUUUGAACGCAUCGUGUUGGUCGUGGUCACCUAAGGAUGAAGGAUGUAUUGGAAGGUGACUAGAACACCUAUCCAAGCAUAUGUCUUGCCUUUAGCACAGAAACUUGGUAGUCAGGUAGGGCAUGCAAGCAGGGAAGUUAAAAGAUAUUUGGUGUCUCCUUAAAAUGGAAGACAUGGCUCACUGCUCAGAAAGUGAAAGUGUACAUAAACAUUAUAACGAAAAAGAUCAAUUUAUAGUUCCUAGUUCAGAAGAAGAGAAUUAUAUGAAUGCAGCACAAAUUAUCUCAUUGCAUCUAUAAAUUAACUAAUUAUUAUUCAGAAUCAAUGCAUUCAUCUUUUUUAAGGAGCAUUGUCAUUCAACAGGAGCUCACAUGUAUCUAAUUAGCUACUGUUUCAAAGGACAAUUUCAUGGUUAACUUAAAAACACAAGCUGACUGCAUCUAUUCUUCAUUACGUACUUGAAUGUAAGUGAAAGCUGAUAGUUCAUAUCCAGCAGUAGAUUUUUACAUCAAUUACAAUGGACUUUUUUAACUUGAAGUUUGUGCUCUUUGCAAGUGUGAUCCAAAAACAUAAAAGACCAAGUAUUCUGUUAUCCGAUAAUCCUGGCUAUGAAUCCCAGGUAAAAGUUGUUUGGCUCUUAAAUUCCGGUAAUCUAUGUUCACCUAUUUCAUUUUAAGUAGAUUCACAGCACAGGAACAAGCUCUUCAACCUAACUCGUCCUUGCCGACUGCGAUGCCUUAUCUACACUAGCCCCAUUUGCCUGCAUUAGGCCUUUAUCCCUCUGCACCUUUCCAUUCCAAGUUCCUGUCCACACACCUAUUAAACAUUGUAAUUGAAUCUGCCUCCACCACCUCAUCUGCUGGUUUAUUUCAGAUUAACAACCAACCUCCGAGUAAAAUAUUUACCUUUUAAGAUCUCCUUUGAAUUACUUCCUCCCACCUCUGCCCUCUAGAUCUAUAUUACCCAUGCCCUGAGAAAAAGACCAACUAUCUAUCCUGUCUACAACCCUCUAAACAAAACAGACACAACAUAGAGUAUAUCAAAUGUAGGUAUUGAACCAUAUUUUAAAAAGCUAAAACAUUAAUACUUAACAAGUAUAUUUAAUAUAAAUUAGAUUGCUGUCAGUUUAGAGAGGAAUAAAAAUGAAUAAUAAUAAAAAACUUAUUGACAGUUUAAUUUAUAAUGUGACAUAUAAAUAAAUGCAAACUGAUUAAUAUAAAUUAUAUAACACUGAACUGUUGAAAAAGGUAAGGAACAAAAUGCUUGCUGCAACCAGUUUUCAGAUGCAUGUUUCUAAGUUAUUCAGUGAUCCAACAAGAAGAAAUGGACUCAGUUUUAUAAACUGGCUCUUUAUUUGUGUGACCAGAUUUCAGGUGCUUUUUGAGAUAUUCCCCCUUGUGAAUAUCAGGAGUGAACUGAUUAUGGCACCAGGUUUUCUUCCCUCUGUGCCAAAGUUCCUAUGGUGCAUGAGAACCUUGCCAUGAGAAUUGCUGAUGUAUAAGAUCUGCUUGUUACAUGGAUGCCUCUACUCACAGAGACUGAAGGAGUUGCCCCAAAUAUGUUGCCCUUUUCUAAAAUUAAAUUCACCCAUCACAUCCUUAAAUUUGAAUAAGACCAUUUACAAAGACCUCGUUAGGUCAACCAUGUGUAAUUUCUGUGGUCAGUAAAAAGGUGGAAAUAUAAUAACAGUUUCCCAAUUUAUACCUAGUGACCAAAAGAAAGUCUACCACAGUGUAUUUUGAUAUGACUAUUUUACAAAGAGCUGAAGGUAAUCAGUUCAACAAUACUGAACUGUCCAACACAUGUACAUUAAUAUCAACACUUAACAAAGUAUUGAAAAUUGCAGAGUGACACUAAUUACUGCAUAGUGUUAGAUUUAGUAUUUUUUUCCUUAUUGUGUAAAUUUCUUAAGUAAUUUUGUAGAAAGAAAUAAUCUUUGAACAAUGUUCCUUGUUUUGGGAACUGUUGUUAAAUUAUUUGACAUUCAAAUUGUUGUAUUUACAGCUGCUUUA